AUGGCUAGAGUAAUGUCAAAAUUUAUUGGUGAAGAAUGUGAAACUCAAAUUAAUCCUGAAUUAAAAGAUGGUAAAUGUUUACAUAUUCUUGUUACUCAUGAUGAAACAAUUUUUCAAUCAAAUAAUGGACAGAAAUCAGCUCAUGUUAUAAUUAAUCCUGAAAAGAAUUUCGAUGGAUGGUGGAAUGUUAAUCAAUUAAUUGAUCAG